GUAAUAUGGCGUACAAGUUUCGCGAGGAGAUCGUGGGAAAGAGGUUUCUCUCGGUGAGUGGUUUCACCAAGCUGAAGGUGAAUAAGAUUAGUGAGUGGGGUUGGCGUGCGGGGGUGAUACGUGCUGCCAGUCACAGGGAUAACGGCUGUCAUGACCUCCAGAUCCUCGUAGAGUACGACGACGUAGAGUGGCAAAGGAGGGAGUGGCUGUCACCACACAGGGAUGCCGUAUUCUCCUUCUUUCUCAUUGAACGAGGUCUCUACUGGGCCGAACGACCUGACCCUAGGCACGCCAGUCUCAUCCCCAUCGAUCAUCACAAUCACGCGAACAAUAACCACCAUCAGCACCGCAUUAACGGGAAACCGCUCAGGGGCGCCACGGCGGUUGCCGACACCGUUGCUUGGCCGGCUCUCACCUUCUAUCCUCUCGUGGCACGCGCCGAGUUGCACGAAGACGCUAUGCCGAUCGAGUUUAUGCAAGAUCGCAAAUUGGACUUCAUCGACUAUUCAAAGCUGAAGCCGUUCACUCAGGACUGGGAGCUGACUAAGGGCGCGAUGCCCUGGGGAAACGCCGUUAGGAGAUGGGCCGAGAUGCAGGACGGCCAGAGAAUCUUGCUGACUACGCCCAGUGUCCUGGUCGGCUUCAGAGUCGAAGUUUAUCGGGCGGAAGGCACCACGCAAUGGUACACAGCCGUAAUCGUCGGUUACAACGAAUCCACCAAAGAUUUGACUGUCACCGACGAUACGGUCCUCGAAGAUCACAACGAGGAUCCCACAUUAGUACAAAUGCGGCUGAUUGGCGAUGGAGUCGUCGAGAGCAUCAUGAGGGGCGAGGUCGUCGGCAUGACACCAAGGAGGUCGAGGUCAUCGACUGCUCUGACGCACGCGCUCGUUGUGCCACGACCUGGAAGAAGGCCUCGAAGACGGCCGGGAAACGCGGCGCAGCUACAGACAACCCCUAGGGUACAAAGCCCGAUAUCACAGCAGCUCGAAAAAGAGAAGAACAAUGCCCGUAACAAUCGACGCCGACGCGUGAGCGAGGGUGCCAGUCGCGAGAGAACCGAGAAAGAUUCGGCGGAAACCGCGUUAUCCACGCGGCAGCAAGAGGAUCGUGAAAAUAAAGGUCCGCCGUCGGGCAAGGUAAGCAAUCGUGUUGCGCGGCCGGUGCUAGAGGAAGCGAACAGUGCGUCGGGAAGUGCUUCGAAGCUACGAAGACGCGGCGCUGCGGUAAAGAGCCCGACAACCGAGCACCAGAGUCCGGCGCAGCAACAGAGGCCGGUACGAAGAAGACCGAGGCCAGGAGGCGGCCAAGAAGUCAAGACAGACGCAGAGGGAGAAUCUGCCGAGCAUCAUCAUCGUACCGGCGCGAGAGCCGACAAGGACGAACGCCUCGGUAACAGAUCGGAAGACGAGGGGGAGGAAGAGGAGGAGGAGGAGGAGCGUCUCGAGGGAGAGGAUGAAGAGAGUCAGGAACGCUGCGAUCCACUGACUAAGCGGCUAAGAACAAGCCCCGUCGGCAGAAAGCUCCGUUCCGAGAGUAGCAAGAGCAAAAACGCUGAGGAAGCUGCAGCGGAUCGGGCCAGAGGAUCGGUGGUGGAGGCAGAGGGAGAGGACGAGGAGGAAGACGACGAGGACGACGUCGAGGAGGAAGCGGGGGUGGAAAAACACGACGGGGCCGAACGAGAGGUCGGUAAACUUGAGGAGGACGAGGAGAGUCAGUCCAGGGAGCGGGACAGAGAGCCCGAGCCACCACCUCCGGACAAAGUCGAUCCUGGAGGCGAUCCGACUUCCAAGGAGGAGCAGCAAUCAGAUAACAAAUCAGAAACAAGAAAGGACGCUCGCUCGACCGAUUGGGGCGCAGAUAAGGUCGACGAGCGCAAGGAACAGCAACGACAACAACAACAGCAGCAGCAGCAGCAGCAACAGCCACCGCAGUUACUCGUGAAUGGAUUGCACGUCGAUUCGCCGCUGGUCAGCGACAAGACGAAUGCCAUCCGCGAGGGCAGUCCGUCGGUGCUGAAGUCGACUCGAUCAAAGACAAAGGGUCUCGCGGAAGAAGACAGAGAGGACGUAGCGGCGGCGGCGGCGGCGGCAGAGGACGAGCGCGACGAGAACGUCAGUGAGGAAGAGGUCGGCUCGCAGCGGUCGCGGCGCACAGAGCUGACCACCACCGAGUUAGGCACGGAGGAUAGCGUGGGUAGCGUCGGUGGCGUGAGGGCGGCCAGCGUCGAAUCGGUCGUCGAGCUGCUGGAGUCGAGCAGUCAGGACUCAGGCUCCGUGCUGGAGAGGCUGAGUCCGUUUAGUAGCAGCGGCGGCGGCGGCCCCGGCAGGCAGAGCAGCCUGCUCCUGGAACAGCAGCGGGAGCAGGAGCGCAGUCGGCACAACGAAAGCCCGAUCAUCCUUGCCGAGAGACUGAACAAGCCGCCACCGCCGAUCGCCGGUCACCAUCAUCACCAUCACCUGCAACCCUACCAUCAGCCGCAUCAUCAGCAACAGCAGUUCCAUCACCACCAUCAGCAACACCACCAGCAACGUUAUUCCGCCAACAGUCCGGUGAUCCAUCACCAUCACCAGCAGCAACAACAACAGCCGCCGUCGCAGCAUCAUCACUAUCAGCUAGCGAGCAGCCCGCACCAACACCAUCACCAUUCCACCGCCCGGCUGACCCCGUCGAGCCUCCUCGAGGUGCAACAGCAGUCUCACACAUCGAGGGGCGGCGAUGAGGCCGGCCUCAUGGAGGUGGAGGCCGGGGCUGGUAUACCUGGAACAGGCGUACUCGUCGGUGUGCCUACGGCGGUCGGGGCCAUACGGUCGUCGGGGGGCAACAGCGGCGCCGUCGGCGUCGUCGGUACUUACGGCGACAGCGGCUCCGAUAGCGGGGUAAGCUCGCUGAAGAGCGCCAGUUCCGGCGACGAGAGGAGCGGCAGCAGAAGCUCGGCACUUAGCGUCGAGGAGACGACGUCGACCUCGACACCGUCCGCUGCCGCCGCUGCCCCGGCCAGGAUCUGGCACGUGCAGAGCGUGCAACACACGUCCCUACUGAUGGCGCAUCCGUCCCAGAGCGCGCCCAACGCCGGUGCGGGUGCCGCGGUCACGGCACCGCCGGUCGGCUAUCACAGCCCGGCUCCACCGAGUCACCAUGCCGCCGAGAUGCUCUGGAGGCCGUCCAGGGCCUAUCCGCCGCUCUCGCAUACUCUCUUGGGUCCACAACCAUCCAGUCCGGACGAGCUUCUCGAGAGAGAUCGCCAUGAUAGGAUGCUACGGGAACGCCGUGAAGCGGAAGUGCGCGAGCUGGAAAAGGCCAAGAUGGAACGGGAGAGACUCGAGAAGCAGAGGGCCGAGCAGGCAGUUCAUAAACAUUUCGAGGAGUCACUUAAGCUGGCGCAACAAAGGGUGUCUUAUGUCCCGCAGAGGAACAUGCAGUCGGCCUCGAUGGCUGGUUGGAGCGCCUUCAUGCCGCAGGUACCGCCGCCGAGGACGCACGGGGCGUUGACGGGUCACCCCGCCGCCAGCCACCACGGUCAUCCCAGCGGUCCACCGGGCGGGUCCGCCACAGCCGCCGCCGCCGCCGCCGCCGCUGCCGCCGCCGCCGCGCAUCCCACCGUCGCGCAGCAGCAGCAACGCGAGCAGGAACGGGAGGUUCGGGAACGCGAGCGGGAACGGGAGCGGGAGCGGGAGCGGGACUUCCGUGAGCGGGAGCAUAUGGUGGCGGCUGAGAGGCUGCACCAACGGCAGGUCGAGGCCAGGGAUCACGCCGCGCAGAGGGCCUACUACGCAGCAGCGGCGCCGCCGGCUCAACAGGUUCGACCUUUGAACAUGCCCGGGAAAGUCGAGUACCCGCCACCGGCACACUCGCGAACGUCGAAAUCGUCGUUACAGGUCGGUCUGCACGAGAAACCGUCGGUGGUACCGACGCACAGCUCGCUACCGAAAGCCGAGCCGAACGUGAAUCUGUUCGGCGUGAAUUACUCGGCGACGUAUAACCCGCAGCCAUCCUGCACGUCGUAUCUGCACGAGCUCAAGCUAAAGAACGAGAUGGGGCCGCACAAGUCGCUAUCGAGCAAGAGCGGGUUGGCCGGCGGCCUCGAGAGGGACCAUCAUGGCAGAGAGGUGCUGCAGAAUCCGCCGUCCCUGAUGUCGGAUCACAAGAGCUCGGUGAUCGUGAAAAACGAGGGCAGGGAGCUGCCGAAGACGCCGGUGCCGCAACAGCACUCGUCCAGCCCGAAGAUAAUGCCUUACAUGAACGUCCAGUCGGUGCCGCCGCAGCACAAGUCGUCGGCGUACGAAUACAGAAGCCCGACGCAGAGCCCGCAUCACCUGCAUCCCGCGCAUCUAGACAGUCUGCAGGCAAAGAGCAUCGCGACUCCGCACGGCCAUCCACCGCCACCGCCGCAGGCGCAGCCCGAACCGCGCCUGCACUCGCACAACCCCCGCCAAUCCCCGCAUGCCCCGCCGCAGCAUCCGCACCAGCCGCCGCCACCGCCACAUCCAUCGCCGCCUGAAACGCGCUAUCUCAGCAGGCCGGACUCCGCGGGUCUGCCGUACACGGGCAAGUCCACGUACACGCAUCCGUACACGCAUCCGCAUCCGCCCACGGCCUCGCCGACGACGUCGUCGCACUACGCCGCGCCGCCGCCGGCCGGCUCCAAGCCGAAAGUCAGCAGCCCGGCGCCGCCGCACAUGUACGGUAAGCCUAACUGCGGCAUUAUAACCGGCACGCCGGUCUGCCGUGCCUCCGAAACGCCUGUCACCGCGCCGAUGCCACUGACCUCGAAGACCGGUAGCUCGCCUUACCAGCAAGUGCCUCAUCAUCACGGGGCGCCGCCGCCGCCGUUGCCGCCGCCCGCGCACAGCCGGUCCGUCUACGACAGCCGCGGCUUCGCCGGCUCGUUGCCGGGCGCGAAACUGCCGCCGCCGACGUUGCACGGCUCGCCGCCUACGGCCGCCUCGGCGCCGCUCUCCAGGCCGAUCGCUCAUCCCGCUCAUCCAGCUCAUCCCGCGCAUCUCAAUACCAGCCCGCACCAGCAACCCGGCCAGACGUUGCAGCACGCGCAGUCCCAUAUCACCACGGCCUUCCAGACGCAACCGCUCGAUCUCGGGGUGGAGAGGUCGGGCUCGCCCAAGAGGAAAGCACCGACGCCGUUGUUGUGUGACAAUGCCAGCGGUCAGCCGGUGUCCUUAGAGGUUUGUAAGAAGCGAAGGACCGAGGAACCGCAGCCGUUAUCCUUGCAAUCCGUCGGCCCGCCCGUUCUCUCCAGGGUAAGCGAGCCAAGCCCGCUUAUCGCCUCGGCCGCCACGUCCAUCACGACAGUUGUCAACACUGCGGCAUUGCUGGCGCAGCCGAACAGUCAGGUGACGCAGGAGCAGCGCACGGUGACGGUGGUUAGUCCGGCACCGGGGAUCGCCAGCGGCGACAGCUCCGUACGACCCGCCAGCACCGGCAGCGUAUGCUCCCUGAAUCCGGCGCCGUUGAGCGCGGCACCAAGUCCGGCGCCCAUCCCCAGCCCGGCGCCGUCCACGGCACCCAGUCCGGCGCCCAGUGCGCCAAGUACGCCCGCUAAGACGAACCCCAGCAACGCGGACAGCGAGUGCAACAGUCCGGCACCGAGACCACCAAGCAGCACCAGCUAUCCAGUGCACAAAUUGAAGAAGAAGUGGCUGCAGAGACACUCGCGUUGCGAAGACGGCACCGAGAACACCACCAGCAUGGCCAGCAGCGUCACGUUACCUCUCAACAUCCCCCGCGAGACACCGUCCUCGAACAGCAAGGACCGCGACAGCAGCAACGCGUCGUCGAACGCGAACAACAGCAACGCGCCGACCACCUGUUUGCCCAGCGCGGUCAAUUCGAUCCACAAUAUCGGCAGCAUGGCAGUGAACAGCAUCAACAAGAGCAAAGUUACCGGCAAGAGCGGCCGGAAACCGGCGAACAAGGAGUCGCUCAACGGUCACGCCACCGAUACCAGCAAAACCCCGCAGGAGGACUCGUCUAGCAGCGACCCGGAGAGGAAGUCGCCGCCAAAACGGAAGCCACCCAAGGUAAAACGAAAGAAGGGCGCCGCACGGAGGCAACAAACGGCCGCGGAAGAUCAGCGGAGGAGGAAGGAGGAUAAGCAGGGCGGCGGCGCGGGCAGCGAGUCCAGCAACGAGAGCGAGGCGGGCUCAGCCAGCGACACCAGCGAACAGUUGAGCUCUAUUCAGCCUGCGUCGAGGGUUCGACACACCACGGCCAAUUCCAACAAUUCCUCGGGAAACGGAAACAACAAGGAACCUAGGAAACGUGGUAGGAGACCAAAGACUACGAAGAGCAAUGAAGUGGGAGGCGAGGAUCAACAACCCCGUCAGAAGAAGGAACGCAGGGACGACAGUACGAGUGGUGGUAACAACGGCCCAGGCGGGAGCGGCGGACGGGGCGAUCCCUUUCGUAAGCCGCCGAUAUCGCAACUGAAGAAAACUGGCGAGAGCUGGCUGCAGGACGGCGCCUGUUUCGAGGUGGCUCCGAAGUUGGCCAAGUGCCGCGAGUGCCGAUGGACGCCGCAUCAGCGAUCCAAGAACCUUCCUCAGAAUAUCUUCUGCAGAUUCUACGCGUUUCGCAGACUGCGUUAUACCAAAAACGGACAAUUGGCCAUAGCGGGAUUCAGUGACCCACACAAGGACGCGUCCGAGGAUGACCUUCGAUUAUGGUUACCAGGAAAAGAUAAUCAAGAGACAACAGGAAAGGAUGACAAAUCGGAGAAAAAUGAAAAGGACAAAGGAGACCGAGAGGACCUAGACUUAGAAACGGCUCAUCGGUUGCUUCGGCAAGUUGGCGAUCAAUUCUGUGAUCUUUUACAUCAAGAGAAGGACGCCCUCCAAGAACAUAUGGCCGAAGCGAGUUCGGGGGUUGUAGACGGAACAGUAGCGUGGAAACGAGUGAUCCAGGGUGUUCGAGAAAUGUGCGACGUGUGCGAGACUACUCUGUUCAAUUAUCAUUGGGCCUGUGGCAAAUGCGGCUUUGUCGUGUGCAUUGAUUGUUACAAGGGACGUAAAAAUGGAACGGUGAAAAUCUGGGGCGAGAGCGGAAAGGACAGGGACGACUUUUCGUGGCUUCUUUGCACGAACAGGCAAGUGCACGAACCGGAGCGACUCAUGCUCACGCAGAUCAUCGCCGGCGACGGUCUUCUGCGACUGGGUCAGCGUCUGCACGAGUGCCGUACGGAAUGGGGAAUCCCGCAGCACUGCGCGUGUUCCCUCGUAGCCGUGUCGCAGCCAAACGAGAUUCUUCGAAAUCUGAUCAAGGGCGACUCCGUGCCGGUUCUCAAUGGAAAUGUGAAGCAGGAGAUAAAAGAGGAGAAGAAGGUAAACGAAUCUAACGGCGCGUCGGAGAGCAAGACCAACGGCGAGGACAAAAACUCGCCUCUAAACUGGCUGGCGGAUGUGGCGCUGCAGAAUCAGGACAAGAACGAGAGCGGCUCGAGCUCGGAUUCGGACGACGAUCGCGAGGGUAAUUACUCCACGUUGCGGGAAUUGCUCAUAAGGCCGUCGCACAAGUCGAACGGUAGCGGCGGAUCCAGAUCGAAUUCGCCCACGAACAAUUCGGGCGGCGCCGUGAACAACGCCGCGCAGAACAACGUCGCCAAGUCCGGCAAGAAGUCGAAGAUGGACACGCUCGACGAGGUAAUAUCCAGCGUGAUCGAGCACAGCGUGAAGAAGGAGAAGGACAGCGGCCUGGACGACGAAAAGCCGCGGGAAUUGAAGCACUUCGUGCGACGGUACAAGUGGAUGCAGCGCGGUCGCGAGCCGCUACCAAUCAGAAUUAUGACGGGGACGGAGAGCCAGAGUCUUUAUCCGGACGUACCGCACUCCUGGCUCUGCGACGGCAAGCUGCUGAGAUUAAUCGACCCGAAUAAUCCGAACAACUACAGAAUAUUCCAGGACCAGUGGAAGCGGGGGCAGCCGGUGAUCGUGUCGGACGUCGCCAAGGCGCUGGACAUGAAUCUCUGGCAUCCCGAUUCGUUCGCCCGCGAUUUCGGCGAUGAGAAGAACGAUCUUGUUAACUGCAUGACCGGCAAUCUGGUGCCGAAUCAGCCGAUGCGCAAGUUCUGGGAGGGCUUCGAGUACUAUUCCAAGCGGCUCAAGGACGAGCGGGGAAAUCCCAUGCUGCUGAAACUGAAGGAUUGGCCGCCCGGCGAAGACUUCGCCGAGUUGCUACCGUCGAGAUACACGGAUCUGAUGAAGGUUCUUCCAUUGUCCGAGUACACGCAUAGAAACGGCAGAUUAAAUUUGGCGAGUCGACUGCCUAAUUGCUUCGUGAGACCAGAUCUGGGCCCGAAGAUGUACAACGCCUACGGUUCUGCUCUUCAUUCCAACAAAGGCACGACUAAUCUUCAUCUUGAUAUCUCGGACGCCGUGAACGUUAUGGUGUACGUAGGAAUGCCAAAGGAUGUUAAUAACGACGAAAGUCUCAAAGAGACGAUGAGAGCGAUAGACGAAGCAGGCUGUGAUAUUCUGACGCGUCGACGCGCUCGCGAUGAGAAGGAGAAGCCCGGUGCUCUGUGGCACAUUUACGCGGCGCGUGACGCGGACAAAAUUCGAGAUCUUCUGAAUGCCGUUGCCUUAGAACGCGGAGCUCGUUUGGAACCACAUCACGAUCCCAUACACGAUCAGAGUUGUUACUUGGAUGGACCAUUGCGCGAACGAUUGUAUCGAGAAUAUGGUGUCGAAGGAUACGCUAUCGUCCAGUGUCUAGGCGACGCGGUAUUCGUGCCAGCUGGCGCGCCACAUCAGGUCCGCAAUCUCCAAAAUUGUAUAAAGGUGGCCGAGGAUUUCGUAUCGCCGGAGAACGUUUCACAUUGCUUCCACCUGACCCAGGAGUUCCGUGCACUAUCCGACACCCACACCAAUCACGAGGACAAGCUACAGAUCAAGAACAUCAUUUACCACGCCGUGAAGGACUCUCUGACUGUUCUAACCAAUGUUAAGGAGGAGACUCUCGCCAAACUCGCCAAGGUUAACAAUGAGACGAAAAUAAAAGAGGAGACUUAGCCCUAGGUCUUCCCCGCGCGGUCGUAAGACCGAUUGAUAAUCCUUGAUUGGAUCUCGUCGUCCGUACGAGAGUGAUCGCAGUUCCAGCGCUCCCGGAACACAGCGAGGCUGGCGUAACCGAAGGAAUCUGCAGAAGAAGAUCGCCCUCGCCGCAGGAAGAGCGUUGCGGAGGUGCGUGAAUUUGUUGUGAUAUUUGUGAAGAGUUUAAUGAUUUUAAUCGGAGGAUUUGCUUUGCAAUGUUGGCUGAGCCAAUGAACAUUAGUUUAUAUGUUGUUUCAUUCGAAUUUCCUUAUAUACAAUUCUUUUCUGCUCUCCCGUUUUUUCCCCGAGAAAAGAAGGUGCCCGCGGACGAUGAAGUCCGAUGAGCUCUAUACUACGAGUGAAAAGAAAAUUGUAGCUCGGAUCGCGCAUAGGUAAAAAAAAAAACGCCGCGUCCAUUACUAUUGUGAUACCAGAAGAACUUUGGAUCGUAUACAUUAUUUGUAAUUAAUUAUAUCGUGCCUGUAUCCAAUACAUUACACUCAUUCAAACACACGUACACAUACACACAUGUACACUUGUCUAUAUUAUAUAAAUGUAGAUAAUUGAAAUAUUAUGUAAUAAUUUUUGCUAGCAACUACCAGAGAGGAAAAGGGAGCGAAAAGGGGGGGCGAGGUUUAUUCUAGAAGUACCUUUGUGCAAUUAGGUGUGACUAUAAAUUAUUAUAGCCUGGAUCAGCGAUAACUGCGGAUCCGUUUAAUCGUCUGCUCUGAUGAUCUGGUGCUUUUCGGUAUUUCGAUCAAAACCCCGGCUAGAGAUAGCCGAUACGUAUUCGCGUUCAUGUCUUCUAUGUUUCACGCGACAAGGGCGUAAAGAAUAUAAAACACUGCCUAAUUAAAUCGGUUCGACGACAAUGGAAGAAACAAACCUUUCUCGCAUUUCUUCUUCUUUUUUUUAUGUAUAUGUUUAAGUAGACAUUUCGUAUUGUUCGUAGAACGACGUUCUCGCAAAGAUGCAUUGUGUUACUGUGGCGACGUAUGUAUCGGUUAUGUAAGCGACGGGGUGUGCUGCAAAUUUUGUAUGUCACUGCGAGUGUGUAAGGCAUCAGAACAAAGAAAAAAAAAGUAAGAGAAAAAAAAAUCAACUUGUCCGAUAUUACAACUUUCCGUGAUGUAACGGUGAGACACUCCGUUGAACAACACCGUUUGAAUUGAACGUUUCAUUGUUGUCGUAACCUAAUGACUACCCGGCGUGUAACGGACGGGAAAAAUACUAAUAAGAUGAAUAUGUUAUUUUUGUCAAAGCGUAUACAAACCGUCUAUGUCGGACGAUAAAACGAAAAGACAGCGAUAAUGUAAUUGCGUAAACGAGAUGCUGAGACGCUAAAUGAUUAUAAAAAUUAUUUGCAGUAACAUUUGAGGAAUAAAAAGAAGGAAAGAAAAAGGAUGUGACGACUUUCGAAGUGCCAAUGUUGAAUCACGUGGGACGUUUGAGUAUGCGCGUUGUAUUGUAUUCGUGUAUGCGUAAGUAAAAAAAAAAAAUAAAAGAGAAGGUAAGAAAGAAAGGAGGGAAAGAGAACUAAUUAAGUCACGCAGAAUUCGCAGAGAUGACAGGGCCGAGUUCCUAUCAUUUCACGACAGUUCGCGCGAAUGACGAGGUUCCGCGUUUUAAUCGCACUGUCACUGACGAUUCGAAAACUGCUGUCGCUCCCGUUUCUUUUUUCUCCCCUUUUCGCUGAAAUAUCACUUUUGACGGACGUUGCACAAGCGCGUGAAUACGUAUAUGAGAAACUUUCCACGAGAUCCAUAUUAUUCAUUCUUAACAAACGUGCGACAUCGCGCAGCAGCUCUCGAAUCGAACAAUAACGUCGUUACGCGCCAUUCUUGCGUCGGCCGAUCGUCAGCUAAUUAACCGACGAAUGAUCUUGACACGUUGUGAAAGAGGGAAGGAAGGAACGAGCGAAACGGAGGGGGAAGAAGAAUUAAAAAGAAGAAAAGAUCACUGGCAUCCUGGAAUCCGCAAUUUCUUUGAUCUCAACAUUCGUCUAGCAUACAACGACUUGAUUAAUAUUUAACGAGUAAAUUUUUAAAAUAUCUUAGUGUCGAUAGGUAAACGAUUGUGGGAAUUAUAUAUAUAUAUAUAAGCUACAAAACAAGCAAAAGUACUAACUCCACACAACGGCGGUGUUGUAUAAAGUUCUAGGAAGACGUGUUUCUGUGUAUUAUUGCUGCAAAACAAGACGCUAUUGUUUGUCCUCUUGCUACGUGUAUAUGUACAUACAUUUAUAUACAUCCGUAUAUGUAUACAGAUAUAAAUACGAAGGCGGGAAAAAGAGUGUCUAGGACUCGUAACGAUAGGGAGGAUACGCAAACCUUUAACACGAGAAGGUACACCUUACACGCGUAGGUAGAUAGUUUAUUAUACCAUUAUUAUAAUUAUUAUAUAUUAUCAUUAUUACGUUUAAUUAUUACGGAAAAUACGAUAUUUAAAUGUUGCUAAAUAUGAGAACGACAAACAUGAACGCGCGCGAGUGUAAAUGAUUAAAAAAAAGGGGGAAAAAGAAAGCGAGAGAGAGAGAGAGUGUGAGAGAAUAUCGGAAGAGUAACGCAGAGUAGACAAAACGA